AUGCGCAAUGGUCUACCAGGAUUUUUCAUCGUAUUUAACUUCUUUUUAUCGAGUUCCCUUGCACAGCAGAAUUACUCAGAAAAUCUUGCUCUGCAAUGCAACAAUACUGAUUCAACAGGACCAUCUUCGGCGUUUCUUUAUACCUGCAAUGGUGCAAAGUCUUCCUGCAAGGCUUUCUUACUUUUCAGAACACGACCUCCUUAUGUUUCAGUCUCUUCCAUCUCGAAUCUUACAUCUUCGGAUCCCUUGGAAUUUGCACUCCUGAAUAAUAUCUCAAACUCAGACACUUUGCCACCGGACCAAGACGUUGUAGUUCCUAUAACUUGUUCCUGUUCGGGUCAAUACUAUCAGGCCAACACAUCUUAUGUUUCGCAAGUUGUUGAUGACACCUAUUUCACAAUCGCAAACAACACGUAUCAGGGGCUAACCACUUGCAAUGCACUUAUGCGGGAGAAUCAAAUUGGUGAAUUGGAUUUGUAUCCAGGUUUGAAAUUGCAAGUGCCCCUUAGAUGCGCUUGUCCUACAAAUGAACAGAUUGUAAAUGGCACCAAGUUUCUAUUAACAUACUUGGUCACUUGGAAAGAUAAAGUUCCUGCAAUUAGUCGUCGGUUCAAUGUUAGCAACGGAAGUUUAGUAGAGGCUAAUGGUUUUUCUGAUAAAAAUUCAUGUAUUUAUCCCUUCACUACCAUAUUGAUCCCUCUUCCAACAGAACCCUUGAACUCUCAAAUCAGAACUUACCACCAAACGUUUCUUUCCAAUCCAAGUCCUGUUACUCCACAGAAAAAGCAUAAAAGAUCCUCUAAAGGACUUCAUGUUGGGAUAGGAACUGGUGCUUCUUUUGCAGUUUUUUGUUUUGCUCUAUCUCUUGGUUUCUUCUAUCACAGGAAAAAAAGAUCAAAUGAAGGCACUUCAAAUGGUAGGCAGGGGAAAAAGCUGCGAAAAUUGCAGGAGCAGAUCCUAGAUAAAGUUGCAGGAAUCGGGGAAAUGCUGAAAAUAUAUUCAUUUGAGGAAUUAGAGGCAGCUGCUGGAAACUUCAUUGCACUGAAGAAGCUGAGUAAUUCUGUUCAUCGUGGGGUUCUUCGUGGAAAAUCAGUAGCCAUAAAAAAGACGAGCACAGAUGUGACAAAGGAGAUUGAAAUUCUUAGUAAGAUCAGUCACUUUAAUUUGAUUAGUCUAUAUGGUGUUUGUGAGCAUGACGGAGAUUUCUAUCUUGUGUAUGAGUUCAUGGAAAAUGGAUCUUUAAAGGAAUGGCUCCAUAAAGAGAACCGUUCACAUGUUCAGAGCUGGAAUUACUUGAUACGUAUUGCUUUGGAUGUUGCUAAUGGGCUACAUUAUCUUCACAACUUUUCUUCUCCAGCAUAUGUGCACGGGGACAUUAACAGUUGCAACAUAUUACUCAACGGAGAUUUAAGAGCCAAGAUCGCGAAUUUCAGUCUUGCAAGAAUAGCCCUGAGGGAGAGAAAUGGAAAUUCGAUUACAAGCUGUGUUUUUGGAGCAAAAGGUUAUAUGGCACCUGAGUAUCUACGAGAUGGGAACGUGACUCCAAAAAUUGAUGUAUAUGCCUUUGGGGUUGUUCUAUUAGAACUUAUUACAGGUAAAGAGGCUGUCUUCGUGGAGAAUGGAGAAGAAGUUUUUCUGUCAGCAACAAUAAUGUCAGCCGUGGAUGGAAUAAGUGCAAAUGCUGAGAUUGAGGACCUAAUCGAUCCUUGCCUCCAAGUAAAGAAUUCUCUUGGUUUUAUCAUAGAUCAAACUGAACUUGCAGUUCGCUUGGUGAAAUUAAGUUUUUCUUGCUUGGCUCGAGAACCAGAAAACAGAUUGAGCAUGGCAGAAGUAGUUUCAGCUUUGAUGAAGAUCCAGUUAGAUGUCCAGAACUCUGAAUCCUAUUCUAUUGAAGUCGAACUACACUAA